AGUGAUUUUAUCGUUGUGUAUAUUUGUGUUUUUAUGAUGAAAACAGUUGCCUGUUAGAAUAUUUGACUUUAAACAAUUACAUAUUUAUCAUGUAGGUAUUUCAUUUUGAAAAUUAAUUCUAUUUGUACAAUAUGAAACAAAUUGCUACAACAGUCCAUGAAGGAAUUAAUAAAUAUUCAAAACGUGAAGGAACUGAUUCAAUAAUAUCAUUGUCAACAUCGUCGUCUACAUCAUCUUCAUUACCAUCAAGAGAAACACUUAAUAGAUCUAGCUUAGAUUUGAUUCUGACAAAUAGAGGUGUUCAAUUAUAUGGAACAUGGAGCAAAACCAAAUUACUCACAUUUCUUACAGAUAGACUUAAACAAUGUAUUCAUGUACACAGAAACUUUCCUUAUGAUGCUAUCAAUAAUGAACGAUUACAGAUGACUAUUUCCAGUGGUUUAUAUAGCACUUCUGUUUUAAAGAAAUUAGAAGAAAAUGGAAUGUCUAUGUAUAGCAUCCUGAAAGCAAUGAAACUUGGACUUAUUAGCCUGAACUGUUGUGAACUUAAUUGUUUUAAAGAUUUCAAUGUAGUAUCAUAUAUAUUGGAAUUCAAAGAAAUGUGGUCAAAGAAAUUUAACGAUGAAUUGAUUUUAAAUCUAAAACCUAUGGGUUUUACAGAAUCAGAAUGUUGGAAUAUUAUUGUACAUGGAAUAAUGUUUCAAAAUUUAAAUAUUCUUUAUCGUUUAACAUUAAGUGGUAUCGAUGUUCCUGGAAUUUUAAACUGGCAUUCUGUUAUUAAUUUGACAUCUCCAGAAAUAAUACAGUUUUUGAAACAUAUUGGAAUAGCAAAAGACAUUAUACAACUGGUAAAAAAGUAUGGAAUCACUGAAGAAACUGAACAAAUGUUAAUUGAUAUAGGAUUUGAUGAAAUGAAAGAACAGUUAUCAAAUAUGGAGGAGGUAGUAUGUGAUUAUAAAUUAACUGUUAUGGAAUCAAGUACUAGCAGUUUAGAAAAAUUACAAGACACUUGUAAAACGACUGAUUUGAAAAGUACUUCUAGUUCUACAGAUACAUCAAAUUAUUUUCAACAAUACGCUUGUCUAUGUCAUCUUCUAGCCGAAAAUAAAACAGUAGCUGAAUUAACUGCACAACGAAAUGAUUAUUUAAGACAAAAUAUCAUGGUUCCAUUAUCAUGGGCAAUGGCUAAAACUUUAGAAUUUAAACCAACAGAUCCAUUACAUUAUACCGCAUAUCAAUUAUUACGUUGGGCACAUAAUGUUAGCGAGACUGAGAAGAAUGCUCUUCAACAAUUAAUUGCAUUAGCUACCAUAGAAAUGGACCGGAAACUUACAGAAAAGAUACGUUUAGAAGAAGAAGAAGAAUUAAUUAGAAAUCUGAAUGAGAAAAAUACAAAAAAUACUGUUUGCAAAGAUUCUAAACAGUUUGAGAAAUAUGCAAGAAAGUCAUUAAAGAAAUAUGAAACUUGUGAAUUUCCUGAAAUGUGUAGUUCUUGUAAAAUCAACGUAUCAAACACCAGUGUUUAA